AGGGCUCUAGACCCGAAGUAGGGUUCUUUCCCAAAUUACGAUCGAUCGAUGAGGAGCGAUGUGUGGAGCGCACUGGGCCCGUCGCUGGCCGGCGCAGUGUUUGGCGCGGGAUGGUGGUUCUGGGUGGACGCCAUCGUUUGCAGCAAUGUCACGGUGCCCUUUGUACAGUAUUUGCCAGGGAUCUGCGCGUCGCUCGCUGCGCUCAUGUUCAAUUGCGUGAGACGAGAGGAGCUUCAGGAUUACUCUCCCUACGAUGAUGAGAGCUGCAGAUCGAGGGCAUGGCUGUUCAUCGCCUACGUUGUUUCGUUUGUGUCAUUGGCUGGAUCCGUUGGAAUUCUCAUCCAGGAUUCUUUGCUUCCGACUGGUCCUAGCGCGUGGACGGGCGUGGCUGGAGUGUUGCAAUGCUUCUUGGUACUCGUGAGUGGUCUCAUAUUCUGGACUUCAAGAUCGCCCUCUGAUUACUACUGAGACAAUGUGAUUCUGAAGUGUAAACUAAAUGUGAAAAGCGUUUUUACCAGAUA